GGCCAGUGGAAAUUUCAACUCCAAUGAAGGAGAUCAAUGGUCCCGCUAUCAUGCUUUACCCGCCAAUACCGCCCGGUGACAUCGUAAUAAACUUCACCCUCCAAACUAAUGGUGUCGCUAGCUUCAUCGCCUGUGACCAUCCAAAAGGAAGACUAGUGUCUAUCGCAUCAGGUCGCUGCCGUGUUCUGGUCAUUGAUACGAACUGCAAAAACAUGGUAAGAGUACGUUUCAAAGGAACAGCUACUGGAACUGAUGAAAGGAUAAGACCAGUUGAAAGCAAAUACGUGCUAGUGUGGGAGCAGGAUAUCAUCAGGAAGGAGCGACCGCUGAGGGCGCUGAUCACCCUGACAGAGCUACACAAUGACACAGAGAUGAUCACAUUUCAACCACAUGGCCAGGUUGCUCGUUCACUGAACUUCUCGUGGCGCGGGGCUUCUGGCGGCGGAAGAUUGGUGUCUGUUGGAGUAUCAAAUACUGUUGACGGACGAUUCAAUGAUUGUGAUUUAGCUGGUGGUGACGACGAUGGAGAUGACACUGAUGGCAAAGAUGGUGGCGGUUGUCGUGAUGAUGGUGGCAGUGUUGGCGGCGAUGAUGGUGAUGGUGAUUGUGGUAUUGGCAAUGAUGAUACUGUUGCCAGUGAUAGUAAAGAUGGAAAUUCACUUUCCACACAUUGGACCUUUUUCUCACCACACUUCUGUGUCCCAUUCCAUUAACAAACGAAUGCAGUGAUUACACUGCCACGUGGUUGCAGAAUCAUGCUUUCUUAGCAAUCAGGUAGACAAAUCGCCAUCACUUGUUAUGAAUUGUAGUUGUAACUUCAGCCAUGUUUUACUUCAAUUCAAUUCAAUUCAAUUAUAUUUCAAUCAUAAAAUCAUAAGAUAUAUACAAAGUAACAUGCAACAAUCGAGAUUUAAUCUAAUGAAUGAAAUUGGAGACUAAUAUGAAAGUUAAAAAAACUUGUAAGUCAUAGUCCCCCAAAACAUGUCUAUGAUAAUAUUAUUCAAAUUCAAAAUAACAAAAUCUUGUUUGCUAUGUACAUUAAUAACUGAACUUUUUGUCAUGCUUUGAUGGUAAAGCAAUCAUUCACAGACAAUUUUUCUAGUAUUUCAAUUUAGUGUCAAAUAUGGUGCUAGAUUUAACACUUGAUACAAGUACACUACAAAUUUGUCUACACAUACACACCACGGUUUAAGUUAAACCGAAGUUCUGAAUACAAGCCUUUUGAUUCACAAUUUGAAAAAUUGAUAAGGAAUACUUGUCUGUCCUCACAUUUCGUUUAGAAAUGGAAAAUAUUUCAAAGCAUUUUUCGAUACUUCGUACUUUUCAAAUUUCUACUUAUUUAUUUUGAACAAAUGGUACGAGUCUACUGUAUUUGGUUUGUACUUAUAUUUGUUACCCAUUUACAAAAGUAAGCUCAAUGUUCUUGUUGUCCUUUUUUCAUCGUUGUUUUGUAUUUCUGUAGGCUAUUUGUGAUGUGUAUGUGGAAAAUGAUACAGAAAUAAAAUAAUCCAAUUCAU